AGGUGCGCAUUGGGAAACGAAAAUGCCCGAGUCAGAAAGCAAUAAUGAAAAGGGCCUGGCCUUCGUAAAUUAUUUAAGUGUUGCUCAAGAAAGCGAGCCGUACUGAUACGCUAUCCUGUUCUUGUUAAAGAUACAGCCGGAAGAUUUCGUUUUCUUCUGGCUUCUUUGUGCUCUUCCUCUGAUUCCGUUCUCUCUCUCUCUCUCCCUCUCUCUCUCUCUCUCUAUCUGCUCCUUUCUUCUCGAACAUGAUUCCGUGAUCUCACCUCAUGCCCGUUUUUCUUCAUCUGUCCCUGAUAGUGUUUCUCUGUUGUUCUGUUGUUAGAGAGAGAGAGAGAGAGAGAGAGAGAGAGGCAGAGUGACACUGUAGAGUGAAAGAAACAUGCAGAGCUUCAAAGCAGCUCCUCCAACGAACCCCGACAUAUAUUGCCCAGCUUCCUUCUUUCUCAGAGGUGACGAUGUGAUGAGCCGGAACCAGACCCGCUUCCCGGAUCUCGGCGAGCUCGAGCAGUCCGUUGCUGCAUUUCAUCACGAAGAUGCUGUUGAUUUAAGCCCAAGCUCUGCCUUCAGCCUUAAGCCCAACAACAGCAUCGCUUUUGUUGCAAACAAUCUGAGCUAUGGAGGCUUGAACCCGUGCAUGAGCUCUUCGGGAGUAGUGACAGUGUCUUCAGGAGGAGGAGGAGGAGGAGGAGGGGGAGGAGGAGGGUGUGUGGAAAUGGGGGAGAUUUACGAGAAAGGAGGAGGAAACGGCGGGUCAUUGGGGAAUGUGCAGGGUAUUGAGAACUGGGCUGACUCGGGCAUGGCUGCUCCAGACAACAGCCAACAGACGGAUACAUCUACGGAUGUUGACACUGAUGACAAGCGCCAUUUUUAUCGGGUUCAGCGAGGAGCGCUCGUGGCUGUUGACUCUGCGGAUCAAUCUAAAAUGAGAAUGAGUGAUGUUAAGACGCUCCGCAGACUGGCCCAAAAUAGAGAAGCUGCGAAAAAGAGUCGACUUAGAAAGAAGGCAUACGUUCAGCAACUGGAAAAUAGUAGGUUCAGGCUUAUGCAACUGGAACAGGAGCUUCAACGAGCACGCCAGCAGGGUAUAUUUGUUGGUUCUGGAAAUCCUGGGGAUCUCAGUCAUAACAUGGCUGCCAUUGGCAAUGGGGCCAUGGCCUUUGACACCGACUAUGCCCGGUGGCUUGAUGAGCAUCAACGGCUGAUCAAUGACCUAAGAUCUGGAGUGAACUCCCAAUUGAAUGACAAUGAACUACGGAUGCGCGUGGAUGCUGUGAUGGUUCACCACGACCAGAUAUUUAGACUGAAGAACAUAGGUGCGAAGGCCGAUGUGUUCCACAUACUCUCUGGCAUGUGGAAGACGCCUGCCGAGAGGUGUUUCAUGUGGUUGGGCGGUUUCCGUUCAUCUGAACUUCUCAAGAUACUAGGGAACCACCUGGAGCCUUUGACGGAUCAACAGUUGAUGGGUAUAUGUAAUCUGCAGCAAUCCUCACAACAGGCUGAAGAUGCUUUAUCUCAGGGAAUGGAAGCUCUGCAGCAAUCUCUCGUGGACACACUUUCUUCGACCACACUGAGUCCUACUGGUUCAGGCAACGUCGCAGAAUACAUGGGCCAAAUGGCUAUUGCGAUGGGAAAGUUGGCCACUCUCGAAAACUUCGUUCACCAGGCUGACCUCUUGAGACAGCAGACGCUCCAACAGAUGCAUCGGAUAUUAACCACCCGCCAAGCAGCCCGCGCUCUUCUCGUCAUCAAUGACUACAUCUCACGUCUCCGAGCUCUAAGUUCAUUAUGGUUAGCUCGUCCUAGGACUGAAAACAUCUGUUCUGCUAAACUCUUCUGAUGUAAUCGAUAGUUUUGAUUGAAAUUAACGUUUCUAGUGGGGAUCCAUUUACUGCGACUGUAGCGAUUCGGGCCACAUUUAUAUAAAAGCUAUCUUUAGUCGAAAAGAGUUCGUUCCACAUGGCUUACGGCUUCGAGGAUAAGACCUCAUGGAAAGGGAAAGCCCUUGCGGAACGGAUGGAUGAGGACGAUCAUGUAAUUAGUGGAAACAUGAACUGCUUGAGAAUCAUCAGUUAUUGUAGUAGCGCUGGAAGCAGUUUUGCAUUUUGCACUAAUAUCCCCUUGGGCAAAAGUAGGAGACAGGUUGUCAAAAUCUCAUGUUUCUUUCACUCAUAAAGCCAUGUUCCAGAGUAAGAAAA